ACGGCUGUUGCAUAGCGUCUUAACGGUGGGCAGAGAGGCGCCAGGCCAGCUGUUUUGCUGCCCCGACCGGAGUGAAAACUACCCCAGACUGCACGCACAUCCAAAGAAGCGGGAAGCUGUCCAGGUAAUGGGAUGGCGACUGAGGAACAGAUCUGUGUAAAAGCAGAGCCAGAGCAUAUGGAAAUGAAUGUGGUGUUAACAGAAAGCUCCAAGGAGAAGGUCUCCCAAAGCCGCAAACGGGAAAGAGAGAAUGAGAGUCUGGAGGCACCAGAGAAGCGAGAAAAAAGCACCUCUGAGAAAAUACAAGUCAGAGCUGCUCAACAUGAGGAGAGAUUAAAAAACCUUGACCAAAUUGUUAUCCAGCAGCUGAUCCACAUUGGAGAGAGAAAGAUCAUGCAAAGCAAACGGGAGGAUAGCUUCCGUCCAAGCAUGGGCCUCAGCAAGCCUCAGAUUGUCCACUUGGGAGAGAAACCGUAUCUUUGCAUUAUCUGUGAGAAAACCUUCCGCAACCACUCGGGUCUUAUGGUACAUCAGAGAAUACACACAGGAGAGAAGCCCUAUAAAUGCCCCGAUUGUGAGAAGAGCUUCAACCAGCGAUCACACCUGACAUCUCAUCGUGGAACCCACACAGGAGAGAAGCCCUUUAAAUGCUUUGACUGUGGGAAAAGCUUCAGCUACAACUCUGGGCUCAUAAUCCACCAGCGGAUUCACACUGGGGAGAAGCCGUACAAAUGCUCCGACUGUGAGAAAAACUUCAGUCAAAAAUCACACCUGCUCUCACAUCAGAGGACCCACGUGGGAGAGAAAUCCUUUAAAUGCCCCAACUGUGGGAAGAGUUUCAGUUAUAACUCUGGUCUUGUUAUACACCAAAGAAUCCAUACAGGGGAAAAACCCUAUAAAUGUUCUGAUUGCGGGAAGAGCUUCAAUCAGCGGUCACACCUCGUUUCGCACCAAGGCAUUCACACAGGACAGAAGCCAUAUACAUGCAAGGACUGCGGGAAGAGCUUUAGCUUCAACUCCGGGCUUGUUAUACAUCAACGGCUUCAUACAGGGGAGAAACCUUAUAAGUGUUCCAACUGUGGGAAAAGUUUCAAUCAGAAAUCACACCUUAUUUCACACCAGAGAGUCCACACUGGGUAUCCAAUGGUGGCUGCCAUGUUGAUUCCAAAGGACAGGAAAUGCAAAAUAGGCCGCCGGAUAUCUGCCACCUUUUGCCCCAGCUUGAAGCAUCCUGUUACGGGAGAGGGAAUGGCUACAGCAGAGCCAACUCAGCAGCUGGACCCACCUGAAGAGGAAGACAAAGAAGGGGAGCAAACAUUGUGUUUGCCUGAUCCUGAUCAAGCAUCUGCCAAGAACAAUGUUGAAGUAGGGGAGGAAGAAGACUCUGCAGCAUUUCCAGGAGCUCCAAAUUCUACUGGGACGCCCCAACCGGAAAGGGAAGAAAUGUCAUGGGGUCUCUAUCUCCAGUGCACCGAGGAAGCAGAGAGCCCACGAGGCAGCAACAAUCUGGGUGACGAGGACAGCUGGGAUUCCCAGGAAGUUUUUGUGAGCUCCUCUUGCUCAGUCUCAUCUCACCCAGAGACUGAGAAUGAAGGAGACAAUCUGGAGACCACCGAGUCCCACGUCCCCUUCUCGGGAAUCUGCAGACGGCGGGUGUCCUUGGAUGUUACGGAAGGGGAAGCCCAUGAGAAACAGGUUAAAAGCUACCUGGGAGAGAGGUGGGCUAGCCCUCCACCCUACGUGGAAAUCUUUGGGGGCGCUCAGGACUCUGUCCUCCACCAGGGACCCAGCACGCCUGGCAAGGAGCGAGGGAAAACCUUCAAGGCCAGGCCCUCCAGUCUCAUUGCCCGCCAGAGACUUCACGGGAGUAAGAAGCUCCACUGGUGCACCGACUGCGGGAGGGGCUUUGGCAUCUUCUCGAACCUGAUCCGCCACCAGAGGAGCCACGUGGGGGAAAAGCCCUACAAAUGCCCUGAUUGUGGGAAAGGCUUUGGCCACAGCUCGGCCCUUAUCACUCACCGGCGCAUCCACACCGGGGAGAAACCGUACAUGUGCAACGAAUGCGGGAAAAGCUUCAACGUGGUGUCCAACCUUCUGCGCCACCAAAGGAGCCACACGGGGGAGAAGCCUUACCAGUGUCCUGACUGUGGCCGAUGUUGCAGCCAAAGGUCCCACCUGAUCACCCACCGGCGCCUCCACACAGGGGAGAGGCCUUACCAGUGCCUGGAGUGCGGGAAAAGCUUCAACGUCAGCUCUGAUCUGAUCAAACACCGGAGGAUCCACACUGGGGAGAAGCCCUAUGAAUGCCAUUACUGCGGGAAGCGCUUCAGCGGCAGCUCCAACCUCAUCACGCAUCAGAGGCUCCAUACAGGCGAGAAGCCCUACAUCUGCCCCGAGUGUGGCAAGAGCUUCACAAUCAGCUCCAAGCUCAUCGCUCAUCAGAGAAUCCACAUGGUAGACAAACCCUACGAUUGUACAGACUGUGGGAAGAGCUUCACGGAAAGGCCCCGCCUGGCCAGGCACCAGCAGAGCCCCUACCGCCGGGAGAAACGUUUCAAAUGUGCGGAGUGCGGGAAGAGUUUCACCACCAGCUCCUACCUUAUCACACACCAGCGCACCCACACAGGAGAGACCCCUUACAUCUGUGGGGAUUGUGGGAAAAGCUUCACGGUCAUAUCCAACCUUGCCAGACACCAGAGAAUCCACACGGGUGAGAAGCCCUAUCAGUGCCCAGACUGUGGAAGGAGCUACAGCCAACGCGCCCAUCUGACGACACACCUGAGAAUCCACACUGGGGAGAAGCCUUACAUUUGCUCUGACUGUGGAAAGAGCUUCAACGUCAACUCAUCCCUUACUAAGCACCGGAGAAUCCAUACAGGUGAGAAGCCCUACAUAUGCCCUGACUGUGGGAAAACUUUCAGCCAGAGUUCCAACGUCAUCACUCACAGGAAGCUCCACCAUGGUGACAGCCUCCUUGGUGGUCCCAUUAGGGUCCUUCAGAUCAAAUAAAUCACAUCUCUACCUGGUGACUGUUGCCUUUCUGAGAAUCUAUCUGCCUCUUAGGAACUUGAAAGUGGGUAUCUUAUCUUGCCUUGUCCUUGCUUUGGAACACCACCUGUGGAAACUCUUCUCCAAAGGUUCAUGAUCACCUGUUUUAAGAACAUAAGAAAAGUCAUGCAGGAUCAGACCAAGGGUCCAUCUAGUCUGGAACUCUGUUCUCACAGAGGCUGACCAGCUGUCGACCAGGAAACCACAUGGAUGCAACAUCACCCUCCCGCCCGUGUUUCCCAGCAACUGGUGUAUAUAGGUUUACUGCCUCAGACACUGGGAUUGCAGAAGAUACUAUUAACUGUUCAGGUGUGUGACUGUGUUGGGCGGGGGCAGGAUACACACUGCAAACCUGCACCAUCACCCACCAGAGGAUCCAACUGAUUGGAAUCCCUUCUUGUGGGAAGGACUCCAGCCAGCCUGUUCUGCUCAGUACUCAUUAGAGAAUCCUUACAGGCUGGAACCCUGCAUCCUGCGGUGACUUAUUUUGUCCUUCUAAUCAGGAAAGAAUCCUAUGGGAGGAACCUCUCUUUGCUCAAAUGAUGUAUAGGUAGGCUG